UCAACAAUAACGCAACCACACUACACCUCAGUAACAUAUAAGCUCCGCUGAUCGACGCCAGUCCGACACUUUGCCACAGACCUUCUCGCCGUCAACGCUGUAUCUUGUCUAGAAAAAAAUAAAAAUAAAAACAAAGACUCCAAAUCAUCAAAAUGGCAAUCACCAAAAUUACUAUGAUUAAAUUUUUGGAACUCGCUCUAACCAUUAUCAUUUUCGUGUUGCAUUACAACAGUUUCCCGGGUGGUGAUACCACAUCGAUCAUGAUCACUACCGGAACUUACGUCGGUUAUGUGAUUAUUUUGGCUGGAAUUUUCAUUGGACUUUUCACAGGAACACCGAUAAGCUCUCGACUGGACAUGUUCUUCGUGUUGAUUGGAGCUGCUCUCUUCAUUACAUCGGGAGUUAUGUCUUACAACUAUUACAAUGGUUUUGCAUUGAAAUCAUCAUAUGUCAAUACUGGUUUAACCAAGGCUUGGUUGUCUAUCCUCAACGGAGUUGUGUUCGUCGUCGAUGCUGCGUUCACAUACCGUGGCGAAUAAGUUAUAUUUUUAAGUAAAUAUAAUUUUAUCUUUAAGCUAAAUGUUAAAGAAAUAAUAUUUAUUUUGUUCAACGAAUGUUAUAGGUGGUAAAUCAACUGUUUCUUUUUAUACCUAUAGAAAUAUAAAUGAAAUAAUGUUGCUUCUUAUUGCGUUUAAACUUUUAACUAAAAAUGUAUAAUUUAUUUUUCUAUGUAGGUACUACAAUAAAUAAUUUAUUUUUUAUCUAUAUAAUAAUUAAGAGAGCACUCCAUAAUAUUUAAUUCAACUCAUAAUUUGUUUACUUGUUGUGACUCAUUUAAAUUUGUUUCAAUCAUUUCUCAUAGUAAUAAUAAUGAUAUAAGCACAGAUAUCAGUUACUUUUUUUAUAUUAAUUGAGUGUGUUAGUUUAUACUUUAAAUUAAUAUAAUUCAAUGGUUUCAUAACAGCAUAAAAACUGUAAAUAAUUAAAAAUGUGAUUUAGUAGCCACUUAUUAUUAUUUAUUAUGUCUGUAUAAUGUAUUUCAGCAGGAAAGUUUAAUCUUUGUAUUUUUAAGAUAAAUUAAAUUAUUUACUAUUAAGUUAAUCACAUUUUAAUUACUGUAGUUUUCUGAAGUUAGAAUUUUUUUAUUAUUUUUUUAUUUUUAUCAUUCAAUUUCUAUUGAUACGUAGAUUUACAUACAUUUUAAAAUAAUUUUAACAUUUUAUUUCGUAAAAUGUACAAAAUAUGGAAUUAAAAUAUAUUUCGAUCUGUAAAAUGUUUUGAUUUUGGUUGCAAUUUCAACCACCUUUUAUUCAUACAUAAUUAUACUUCAUUUUAAACUAUGUGGCCACCGACAUUUUUAAUAUAAUUAAUUUAUACUGUAAAAGUUAUUUCUGGGCAUUAAUAUUGCAUGUUUGUAAAUAUUAUGUUACAUAAUAUCUUAAUGCCAAUGUUACUCAAUAGGUACUAAAACUAAUUCAUACUACAAUCAAAAAAAAAAAAA